AUGGCGAUCUCGAAUGGCGGAGUUCGUGCCCUGUCGUGGGCCAGGCAGAGCCUGUUCCAUGAACGACCUUCUUGGAAAUGCGUCUCGUGCAGAAUUGCGCGAUCGGGAGUCGCCGUUUCUCCGCGUCGGUUCGCGACCACGACGUCUGAAGCAAAGAAGCCUUACUAUGUGACGACACCUAUCUUUUAUGUGAAUGCUGCUCCUCACGUCGGUCAUUUGUACACAAUGGUCAUUGCCGAUAUACUGAAAAGAUGGCGGACCCUAAAUGGGGCCACAGAUGCACAAUUAUUGACGGGGACCGAUGAGCAUGGGAUGAAGAUACAACAAGCCGCUCUCGCUGCAGGGAUGGACACUCAGGCUUUCUGCGACCGGAACUAUAAGACGUUCGAGGAAUUGGCGAAAGCGGCCACCCUGGACAAUGAUUAUUUCAUACGGACGACAGAACCAGCGCAUAGAGAGGCCGUUCAGUAUUUCUGGGAAAUGCUCAACCACCGGGGCUAUAUCUACACGGCUAAGCACGAAGGAUGGUAUUCCGUCAGCGACGAGACCUUCUACCCUCAGUCGCAAGUGCAGAACUCGCUGGACCCAACUACCGGGCGUAAGAGAAUGGUGUCUGUAGAAACGGGCAAGGAAGUCGAGUGGUCGUCAGAAACCAACUAUCAUUUCCGCUUGUCGGCUUUCCAGGAACCACUAUUGGAUCUGUACAAAUCAGGCUUCAUCACCCCUGCAAGUUAUGCGACAGACGUGAUCAAGUCGGUCUCGUCCGGCUUGCAAGAUCUGUCGAUAUCCCGACCCGUGGAGCGCUUGAACUGGGGUAUUCCGGUUCCCGGCGACAACAGGCAGACUAUCUACGUCUGGGUCGAUGCAUUGGUCAAUUAUCUGACCAAGGCCGGGUAUCCCUUCACGCCCGGCCAAGAAGGCCGCCUGGGCUGGCCAGCUGACGUGCAUGUGGUCGGCAAAGAUAUCAUUCGUUUCCACGCCGUCUAUUGGCCCGCACUCCUCAUGGCGUUGGAUCUGCCUGUUCCCCGCAAAGUCCUCGUCCACGGGCAUUGGACAAUGAACCAUGCCAAGAUGUCCAAGUCGACGGGGAACGUGGUUAACCCCUUCUUCGCGAUUGACCGGUUUGGGGUCGAUACUAUGCGUUUCUUCCUGGCCUACCAGGGCGGCCUGGCGAGUGACGCCGACUACGACAACUCUUACAUCAUCCGAGACUACAAAAAGCUUCUUCAAGGCGGCAUUGGGAAUAUCGCGCUCCGAACCUUGGGCUUGGCGAAAAAGAACCUCCGGUCUUUCAUCUCCGAGGGAGCAGCGGGUACCCUGCCUGGACAGACCCCGGCGGAUGAGGAGUACCAGAGGACCUUGCAGGAGUUGCCCAGCAAGGUGGCCGAGCAGAUGGAGGGCCUCAACCCUCGGGCGGCGCUCCAGGAGAUCAUGAGCGUGGUCGAGCAGGCUAACAAGUAUUUCCACAAUACCGUGCCAUGGGAAAACCCACCCAACCGAGACCUGGUGCUGUACAAUGUGGCCGAGUCGCUACGGAUCAUCGGUAUCCUCCUACAGCCAUUUAUGCCCAGCAAGUCCAAUCAGCUGCUAGAUCUCCUACGCGUCGAAAAUACCGUGGCCAAGCGGGGCUUCUCGGCCACCGCGUACGGAUCGGAUCCCGAGUAUGGAGAGGGCGUCAAAAAAAGCUUGCUGUUCCCCCCCCUGAUCGUGGAACAAUAA